AUGAAGGCGGCCAUGGAUAUUAAAUUGUACUUCUUAUGUUUGGAUGUGGCUCUGUUACUCUGCGUGGUUUUGAUGAGUCGUUCAGCAUUAAUUGAAGCAGCUCAAGAAGGAGCACUUGUUACUCAGUUACCUGGUUUCAGUGGCCCCUUCCCAUCCAAACACUACUCAGGGUAUAUUACAAUAAUGGAGGAGAAGAAUCUAUUCUACUACUUUGUUGUUUCAGAGAGAAAUCCAUCAACAGACCCUGUUGUUUUGUGGUUAAAUGGGGGACCUGGUUGCUCAAGCUUUGACGGAUUUGUUUCAAAUAUUAUUUAUUUGGAUUCCCCUGCCGGUGUUGGCUUCUCUUACUCCAAAAAUCACAGCAAAUAUGAGACUGGGGACCUAAUGACUGCUGCUGAUACACAUACUUUCCUCCUCAAGGUGGAUUCUUUAUACUCAUAUUAUUGUGUUGGGUUUGUGGUUCAUGGUGGGUACCUAAAUUUAAUUCCUCUUUCUGAUUAUUUUAAUAAAGACGGAGAUCGAAAUGAAUAA